AUGGUCUCCAAGCACUCUAGUAUAACAGUCCAAAUCACCGAGCCGGAAUCGCAGAUGGAAACCCCAGGCGUCUCAUGUUGGGAUUUCGCAUACCCAACUGGCAAAUGCGACCCUGCGCCCACGAAAAGCUGUUACUUCUCGAAGUCGCACAAAUCAAAGCAGGGUGAGCGCUUUCUCACGCCCACUGUUGGGCCGGCAAAUGACAUCUCGCACGGUGAACGACCUCGUCAGAAGAGCAAGAAGCGGAGCAAACACGCCGGUGAGACCUUAGAGCCGAGGACGUACCUCCUCUCCUCGCCGACGCCGGUCUCGAUCACCUAUCCGCAGACCAAAACCACCAUCUCCACGCUUUUGUCCCAACCAAACACCAAACUCAUCUACUUGGUUCCACAGGCGAACAUUGUGUGUCCGAAGGUCUGCGAGUUGAUGCGACUGCCCCGUGCAACGGGCAGCAAGUUCCAGGUCCUCCCUGUCCCGCCGGAGAUCAAAAUGAAGGCUGGAGGUAGCGACAGCUGCCCGAUUAGCGACGUCAUGGCCGUUCAGGAGGUUGUCCAAAAAGUGCUGAAGAAUACGAAGGCCAGGAACUUUGACGGGUAUAUCGCCUUCGAAGACGAGCGGGAGGCAUGGACCUUCUUGGAGCAUGUCGGCAAGGGAGUGAAGUGUUCGGCGACGAGUGGUUGA